AUGACGUCUCUUCGAUCGAAGGGGGCCAAAGGAAACGCCUCGAAGAUGGUUCCUGCGAAGCUCCCGAAUAGCAAGACCCUUUCGAUGCGCGAGAAAAAGAAGGAUCUGGUUAGUUUUCAGGAGCCAUCAAAUCAGUAUAAAACUUCUCGGAGCUUACUAUUUCAAGUUCAAAAAGUAAAAUUAUUAUAAAAUAUCUUAUUAUUUUCAAGCUUGUUCCCUUGUUUCCAAGACGUUAUAGUCUGUUCAGUUUUCAAAUGUCAAGUCCUCGCUGAAGCUCCGCCCCCUAAUGACGCGAUAAACCAAUCAAAGAGCGAGCCAUCCACUGAGCGUUUUCGAAUGACGUCAUUCUACUUGACAUUCAAAAUCUGAACAGACUAUAGAUGACGUCAUUUAGCCGCGUGCGGUCGCGUCGCGGCCUCAAUCCUUUUCAUAUUAGUGAUAACUCAAAAAACUUCAGAUAAUCCCUCCAGUGGCUACUAUAACGCCCUUUAUUAUCUUAGGGUCUUGAUUAAGGCUUUAUAGCGAAUUUUGUUUUUUAUAGCAGAAUUUUUUUGGUUUUCUUUUCAAGUUUUUGAGCUUUUUAGUCCAUUCAUAAAAUAUUUCGAAAUCGAUUGGAUUACCUUUUGUUAGUUCUGAAAUAUCAGAAUAGGAAUCAAAAAAUUAUUGUUGAAAAGACUGAUUUUGCACAAAGAGACAGGCUCAAAAAAGGCUGCAGAAAGGCAGCAAAAAGGCUGCAAAAAGGCCGUAAAAAGGCCGUAAAAAGGCUGCAAAAAUGCCGUUAAAAGGUAGCAAAGAAAGUCCCUCUAUCGAGCUUUCCGUUUCUCCUGGAAUUUCAGAGGCUCAAGAAAUGGUGGAAAAGGGAGAGGCAGCAAAAAUGGUGCAUAAUGGCCAAGAAAUUGGUGCAAAAGGGCAGUAAAAGUGGGGCCUUUUUCCAUCUUUUCCGACUUCGCCUAUGUAUAUAUCAUACCAUAUUCUAUCAGAAUUCUUUGAAAAAAAAUUUCUUCCUUUUCGAGAGUGUUGAGAGAAAUUUUCAAACAGUGAAAUGAUCCCUUUUAUCAGACGAGCGCAAUGGCCGAGGGCGAAAAAUUGGAAGACUUCAUCCAAAGAAACCUCACACUGCAACCCAACACGAAAAAGUCCAUUUUCGAGCAUCUCGUCUCGUCGAGAAUCGUCGCCGACGGCUUUCUUCAGUACCGUGUGAGUUUCAAAAUUGUCUUACUAGUCGAAAAACGGAGCUUCCAAAAUAGCAUCAGAACUGGUCAAUAGUCUUUAUGAGGACUUCCAUUCCAAAGCUUUUAUAGUCCAUUUUCCGCGACUUGUAAGACACUUCUCUGCGCCCUCCUCGUCUCUCGGCGACCCUCUCAUGUGGCCCUGCUGUUUUCACGUUUCUCUGACCUCUCCGGCGAGAGAACAGAGACGCAGACACUAUAGAAAACUUUCAAGACGCGGCGGAUGAACUAUAAUUCAGUUACUUUGAAUAUGUUUUUCUAUUAAUGAUGAUUGAUUUGCUUGACUUCUUUGUAAAUCAUUGAGAUUCAGGAUAGAAACACCCGACUCCCAGUGCCGAUCCCAGAGAAACGACGCGUCAAACUCGCCAAAGUGAGCCGUUUUUUGAAGAUUUCUCAACCCUUUUCUUUUCAAAAAUUUUAUGGAGGAAACUGGAAAGUUUGAUGAUUUUGUACCAAGGUUCAGCUUAAAAAAUCGAUCCGGAAGAGGAAAAAAAAAAUUUUUUUUGCUAGGACUUUGUUAACGCAAACGGGGCGCGGCCUGGAAAGUUCUAGGGAUCACUUAAGAGUACUAAGGCUACUGAAGUGGUCCCUAGAAAAGCUCAGGAUGGUUCGUGUUACCGCUCGGACAUUUGUAACGCAGACCGGACGUGCCCCGGACGUUUCUGAACAGUUCUAGGGAUCACUUAAGAGUACUGACGCCGCUUAAGUGGUCCCUAGAAAAGCUCAGGAUGGUUCGUGUUACCGCUCGGACAUUGGUAACGCGGAACGGACGCGAAUCGGAAGAUUCUGAACAGUUCUAGGGACCACUUAUGAGUACUGACGCCGCUUAAAUGGUCCCUAAAAAAGCUCAGUCCGGUUCGUGUUACUGCUCGGACAUUAGCAACGCAAACGAUGCGCACCCCGGACGUUUCUGAAAACUUCUAGGGUACUGACGCCUUUCUAGUGACCACUUUAGUCACGUCAGCUCUCUUAUAUGAUCCCUAGAAUGCUCAGAAACGUCCGGUUUCCGUUACCAAGGUCCGAGCGAGCUCCGAGUGAUUCCAGUUUGAACGCUGGAGCGCAUUUACCCGUCAAAAGUCUGAAUUUCGUUCAGGAUGACAAAGAAACAAAGGAAGACUACGUACCCGGGCAAUAUUUGAAGUUGGACAACUCAGAGUACGUUUUCCUGCAGGCGCCGACAAAAGACGACUAUCAGAAUCUGUGGCGUCUCGCCUGGAUUGUCAGUUUCUCGGAGUUUUCCAGGGAAAGCUGAACAUUUUGACAAAAAAAAAUUAAAGAGAAUUUCAAGUUGAAAACGUGACAUUCAUAGCUUUUUUUCUUCAAAGUGCUCAGGAAUUCCAGAGUGGGCUCUAUAAGGGCAACCUUAGGGGCUCUUGGAAGGAUCCCUCUAGGGACCACUUUACCGACCUCUAUAGGCGCCCUUAAAGAUUGCAAAAAUGGUCCCGAUAGGGGUUUCAGUUAGUGGCCUGACUCUAAACCCCUAUAGGGAUCACCUUGAUUUUCCCACUCUAGGAACCACUUUUGCGACCCCUAUAGGGGUUUUAUUAAAGUUUGCUUGUCAUGUACCUGAUUUGAUGAUGAAUAAUUGAAAUUUUGUAACCCUUCAGAAUCUCAAAUUUUCAGCUUCAACUUCGGGUCAUCAUCUGCCUGAGCGACAAGCUCAGCGCCACGGAUGCGACAUUGUGCUACCCCUACUUCCCGAUUGACUCCAAGUCGCCGGUUCAAGUUGAAGUGAGGGCAAGAAACUUAAAACCCCACCAGAUUGAGCAAAGUGCGCUCCAUGGACAAAAAUCACUUUUGAGCUGUUUUUUGUCAUGUCAUGCUGUGGGGGACAUUGAAUAUAUGCCGGAAAAAAGUUUUCUGAAACACGCUCUAGAUAGACGCUCUGACGCACAACAGAGUCCUUCAUUUUCAAUUUUCCUAUAGGGGACACGCUUGCCGAUAAUUGGUAUGAAUUCAAAGCGAAGAAGCAUUUCCAUAUGAAAAACGGAAUUAACAAGCGUUUUUGAAGAAAAUCAAAGACUCCUAUAGGUUCCACCUGAGCUUCAGGGGCUAAGGGAUCAUACCUUAAGCCUAUUGGGACCACCUUAGUUUUACCACUAAAGGGACCACUUUUUGGACCUCUAUAGGGGUUGUUGAACCACUUUUUUUUAUAAGAUGUUCAUAAUUUGUCAAUGUUGAGCCAUUCCCAGUGCGACCAGGAUGACUAGGGAAAAUAGAGAAAAGUAAAGAGAUUAAGAAAAACGAAUAUUACAUGGCCCAAAGCGAUUCUGGACGACAUUUCGUUGAAAUCUUUAGAAUUUGUUAUACUUGAGCCAUUCCAAAUGCGGCCAGGAAGAUUAAGAAUGACCGAUUCUGCAAAAAAAAAAAUAGAAAAGUGGAGAGAAUAGGAAAAAAAAAACUACUCUAACAUAGCCCCAAGACGGUUCUUGACCAUUUUUUCAAGUUUUUCUGGAAUUUAUCAAACUUGAGCCAUUCCAAGUGCGACCAGAAAGAUUAACAAUGACCUAUUUUGCAAAAAAAAUUUAGAGAAAAGUAGAGAAAAAAGGAAAAACUACGAUAACAUGGCCCCAAGCGGUUCUUCACGACUUUUUCGAAAAUUACUGAAAUUGAUCGUAUCUGAGCCAUUCCAAAUGCGGCCAGGAAGAUUAAGGAUGACCUAUUCUGCAAAAAAAAAAAUUCUGAGAAAAAUAGAGAAAAUAUGAAAAACUACUCUAACAUGGCCCCAAGACGGUUCUUGACGAUUUUUCGAGACUUCUGAAAAUUUAUCCUACUUGAGCCAUUCCAAAUGCGGCCAGGAAUACUGUAGACAUUACAGAGUGGCAAAAUGACGGUUGUCUACCAAUCGAAGACGGUGAACAAGGGCUACACUGUCUACAAGGUUCAGCUCAGAAACAACGAAUUGAAGCCGGAGGAGACUGUCAAGGAAGGGGUUCGUCGGCAAAUUAUUGAUUGAUAUCGAUUUUUUUCAGGAGAAAGAGGAGGAGACCACUCUUCCGAAAAACUCCAAUUGCGAGGUUUUUUUUAAUUUUUCGAAAAUUUUGACCUGAGAUGCGAAAUAACACUUCCUUUCGCCUUUUCUGUUAUCACUCUGGUCUUUUCUUUCUUGAAAGUACUCUAGUGACUACUUAGAAGGCUCCUCAAGGACUACUUGAAGGGAACACUAUAGUGCCCCUAGAAUCAUUUAUAUAGAAGCCGCUACUUUGCUUCUUAGUGGCCACUAUACUAGUUUUAGUGACUUCUGAACAGCCUAGCCCCUCAAGUGGCCACUAAUUCGACCGCUAUAGUGGCCACUAAAAUGUGAAAACCCUAAAUUGGCCACUAACUCGACUGCUCUAGUAGCCACUAAAACUUCAAAACCCUAAAGUGGCCACUAAAAGUUCCCCUGUGAUGCGUUUAGCUUGAUAAGUUAAAUCUGACGUUUGAAUAUUAAGUUUCCCGCCAAAAACCGCACCGCGACCGUAACCGUAACGCGUUGCUACAGUAAAUUUGCGCCUACCUACCCUUCAUUAUUGGAAAAAAGGAGACUUCGAAAGUAUUAUUUAACAUUAAUUUUAGAUGUUGAUAGGUAUCUCAUUUUAAAGGCCCAUACCCAGUUAUUUUAAAGGCGCAUAACCAGUUAUUUUAAAGGCGCAUACCGAGUAAUUUUAAAGGCGCAUACCCAGUAAUUUUAAAGGCGCAUACCCAAUAAUUUUAAAGGCACAUUCCCAGUAAUUUUAAAGGCGCAUAUCCAGUAAUUUUAAAGGCGCAUAUCCAGUAAUUUUAAAGGCGCGUAACCAGUUGUUUUAAAGGCGCACACCCAGUUAUUUUGAAGGCGCAUACCCAGUAAUUUUAAAGGCGCAUACCCAGUUAUUUUAAAGGCGCAUAUCCAGUAUUUUAAAAGAGCAUACCCAGUUAUUUUUUAGUUAUUUCAAAGGCGCAUAUCCAGUAAUUUCAAAGGCGCAUAACUAGUUAUUUUAAAGGCGCAUACCCAUUUAUUUUAAAGGCGCAUACCCAGUUAUUUUUAAGGCGCGUUUCCAAUUAUUUUAAAGGGCGCAUACCUUGUUUGGAAGCGCAGUUUUCACUUACCAUUUUUCCUCUAGUUUGAAGGUGCAUCAGCGAGUAUUCCAAGCUCAAAUCGCCAUAAAGAAACUGCAGAAAUUCCAGAACAACAUCACCUUAUUCCACCUGGAAAGCUGGCCGCAAAAUACCUGGCCCGAUUUGGAUUGUCUGACCAAUUUGUUGAAUGACGUUUUCAAGCUCGAAAUGGGGGUUCGUUAAAGAAAAAAAAAAUCAAUAAAUCAGAAUCAUUUCUAGCUUCUACGCGAGUCUCUGGACAACUACACGGCGCCGGUCCUCAUCCAAAGUCAUGACGCGGUCGGGAGGUUUAUCGAUCGAUUUAUUGAUUGAAAAAUUAAUUGACAAAUUUUGAGAGCCGCCGUCGCCUGGGUCGGCUGCAUGAUUUACAAGGACACCGAGAAACGCGACUGCUUUGACGUCGAGGAAUACGUCAGGAAAAUUGCAAAGUGAGCACGGAAAAGUGGGCGGGGCUGUGAUUAUAAAAAAUGGGGACUGUAAAAGUAUCAUAAGAGGCACAGUAAAAGAGGCGUGGCCUCUGUGCAAAAUACGUAUGGAUAGGUCGCGGAUUUUCUGGAAAGCAUCUCCAAUCUGUAAAAGUUAAUUUUUUCGCAUUUGAGUAGUGGGCGUGGCCAGUUUGCAAUGUGGGCACACUUUCUUCCGCGUACAGCAUAAAAUGAUUUUUUAUUAUUAUUGCAAUUCUUGGCUAACUCAAGAGGAAAUUAAAGAACCUGGAAAAACCUGAGUAGACACUUGAGUGGUUUUCAAGCCGAUCAGGUAAGCGUGGCCUAUUUGCAACUUGGGCACACUUUCUAGUAUUGAACUUUGAAAGAUUACUAUUUGAAAUCGAAAAACCCAAAAGAAGCCAAGUGGACACUUGAGUGGCUUUGAUUUCUUCACUUUUGGAUUGUGGGCGUGGCCUGUUUGCAUUGUGGGCGCACUUUCUAAGGCGGGCAGAUUCUAAUGGGCUUUGGUAGAAUUGAACUUUUAAACUUUAACUAUUUGAAAUUGAAGAUCCUGAAAGAAGCCAAGUGGACACUUCAGUGGCUUUUGAGAUUAGUUCUCAUUUUAAAGCUUGUUUGAGCAAAGGCGUGUCUUAAAUGCAUUUGGUGCGCAUUUUUUUCUGCAAUUUUUUUAACUUUCUCAGGAUGCGUCCUGGCGCGUUUACUUCCUACCAAAUGGUGUGCAGCGCCUUCUGCUUGGCUCUGAAAAUCGCCGAAAAAAGCGGCUGGACCAAUACCCCAGCGGUGAUUUUCAUUCCAACCUUUUUUGUAAAAUCAUCGAAAUUCCAGGACACGAAACAAAGGAUUGCCGAAAUCGAGAAAGGAUGCAAGGACCGAAAAUUGCCCUGA